GGAGGGAGGGAGGGAAGCCGAGCAGGGUGAGCCCGGGAGGUUCCCUCCUCCCCUCCCCCCGCAGGGGGGGGGGCAUCACCAUGAAAUGUUAAUGAAAGGAACGCGGCUGAAGGGCCGACGAGAGGCAGCAGGUCUUACCAUGGCCGAAGGACACACCCUGAUGUCAGUGGAUUAUGAAAUCUUUGGAAAAGUCCAAGGUGUGUUUUUCCGAAAGUACACACAGGCUGAGGGUAAAAGGCUGGGAGUGGUAGGAUGGGUCCAGAACACUGACCAGGGCACCGUGCAAGGACAAUUACAAGGUCCCACUGUCCAGGUUCGAGUCAUGCAAGAAUGGCUUAAGACAAAAGGAAGCCCUAAAUCCCGCAUUGACAAGGCAAAAUUCCACAAUGAAAGGGUCAUCCCGAAGCUGGAAUACAAAGAUUUCCAAAUUGUGAAAUAGUAAUCAAAAGACAAUGUUUUUCCUAGUGUAAUAUGAGUAUAUGCUUAUUUGAAAUUGUAUUCAAUUUAUCAUCUAUGUUGUUAAAACAUGCAGAACUAUUUGUUAUUAUUAGUAUUUAGGGUGGUCAUUUAACUUAGUUCGGUUUUCAAGUAUUUCUUGAAUGUAAUGGAUGUGGACCGCAUUAAAGGAUUGCAAUUGUAAAUGGGAACUUAAUAAUAAAGGAAAAAAGACAAUUGGAAUCUUUAA